UUCCUUCCCUCCCUUCUCCACACAGCCAGCCAUCGAUAAGCAAGCAACCCCGCUACAUAUGCAGCAUCUGCAUUGUUCUACCUUGUUGCUUCGUCCAUAGAUGCACUGAUACGCACAAGCACAGCGCAACAGUGUUCUGGAUACAUUGGUAGAGGUGCCACGAAGAGGAAGGAAUUCAGGUGACGUGCAGGGAGCAGUUGUGAGGGAGACAUGAACGGCGGCAUGGCGCCUCGGCCGAGCACGGACUGGGGUCCGAUCAUCGUGGCGGUGAUCCUGUUCGUGGUGCUGUCGCCGGGGCUGCUGUUCCAGCUGCCCGCGCGGGCGCGGGUGGUGGAGUUCGGCAACAUGGCCACCAGCGCCAUCUCCAUCCUCGUCCACGCCAUCAUCUUCUUCUGCCUCCUCACCAUCUUCGUCGUCGCCAUCGGCGUGCACGUCUACGCCGCCUAGCUAGCUCGCAUACAUGGUGUCCUUUAUUGGUUAGUUGUCCUAGUGCUCCAUUGAACAGAGACAGCACAGUUGUUGAAUGAUAAGUUGCUCCUCUGCUCCGUAUGUUGAGGCUGUUGAAGAACAUAACUAUGCCGUCGAUUCUGGCAAUAAUCCAAUGUUACUGACA